AUGCCAGCCGAAGAAAAUGGACCGGGCGUCUUACCCAAAGACCUCAUGGUCCUCCAACUGGGUCAGAUCGAUCUCCUGAUGGCUAUGUACGAAUCGGACAACGCUAUUUCGACCGAUGCCUCAUCCUCAACUCUGCUUGAGAUGCUACGGGACUGGUGCGAGAAUGACGGGGAGAUGCCCAAAUUCACUCAAUCAAGCAUAAAUAUGCUUCUCACUCUCGAGAUUUCUGAAGAGAGCCAGACAAAAUCUCUGCAACUACACUUGUCCGUCCCUCUGGUUGAUCGAGGAGAGAUCACAGCAGAUGAGCCACCACCAGUGAAAACAAGGAUACAACAACCAGAUUGGAUGAGCAAGGGCGAAGUCGCUAGUCUGACUGCCGAGAUCCCCAAUGAAGACAUAUUGACCGUCAUUGAAUACGUCAAGGACGCAGCGUCUCAACAUUUGUCAUCACAAACGCAAGCAAACGAUGAUACACUAAGUACGGACAAGUCAACGGUUCGCGUAUGGUUUUACUUCCCCUCAAUCAGCACCCGAGCGAAGCGAGACGACCUCGUCAAUUACGCUCCCACAUACGGCCUCACCGGGUUCCUUCUCGCUGGAAAGCCCGGUAUUCUAUGCCUCGAAGGCGGUUCCCAAGCCAUCGAUGACUUUAUGAAGUUCAUCAAGACGGAGAGUUGGGGUGAUAUUCCAGCACAUCACAAGAAGGUCAGCGAGCGCUAUCGAGAAGAUGGCCCAGACGUGAAGCGAGCGUUUGUCGACAUGCAGGAGAUUACGGAUACGGUUGGGGAAAAGAGAGGAGAGAGGGCGAACCGCAGCGACAUGAGAGCUAUCGAGGCCUGGCUAAAUGAGAGGGGAGUCGGUGAAGCAUUUGCAAAGGUUGUCAUGUAG